CACAUAAAACAGCUCAUAUACAUUUUAAUUCACCAUAUUGCUGUGGGCGGACUGCACAAAAAAAUUAACAUGCAGUUAUACAUCUGAAGAACAUUUUGAUUAAAAAACGGCUAUAGGUGGCUUUUUUUCUGGUUGCAGAAGAGCAAAAUAGCAUGUAAUGCUUCAAAGAAAACAGCAGAGGACGCUGUGACGGCUCCACGAAUAACGGGGUGGGGGGGACAGCUGAUGGGGACAGUGGUAUGAGACAGCAUGUCACACAGUGGGGUCUGUAACUGGAAAAAGGUCUGUUUUGACUGAAAUGUGUGCAAACUAUAUUUUUCCAAGUUGAAAAAUAAAAUUAAGCAAACAGUUACAGGCUGUAAAAGGUUCACGUACCACAAACGGUAGUGGCACGUCCCUAGCCGUGUAGUCAGACAUACAGUAGUUGGUCCUUCAUUAUCCUAACAUUUCCAAACCAGACGUACUAACUAGCAGUUAAAGGGACACAAACUUAUAACAUGUAGAUGCUAACCUACGAUUUACAUCUUUUCACGACAUUCAAAACGGAAUCGCUUUAUUACAGGUCCAUUUUAUAAUCGCUUUAUUAAGGGUCUCAAGUGAUUCUUUCUGAAAUCUCGCGUAGUAGUUUUGAACGUAAUAAAGACUCGCGUCAUAAACGAAGUGACACAAAGAAGCCGAGUGGCCGGUUCCAGCGCGUGAAGCCACAGGCUGAGCGCGGAGCGAGCGAGCGACCAUGGGCGACUGGUGGUUGCUGAAGACACGGGGUUAUGUGGUAGGGCUCACUCUGGGAGAAGGCUCCUACGCCAAAGUCAAGUCCGCUUUCUCAAAGCGUCUCAAAAGAAAUGUCGCUGUUAAGAUCAUUAACCGGAAGAAAGCGUCACCUGAAUUCUUGGAUAAAUUCUUGCCUCGAGAACUCGACAUACUCACCUCACUAAAUCACUGCAACAUCAUCCAAUCUUACGAGGUGUUUGAGUCCUCUGAAGGCAAAGUGUACAUGGUCAUGGAACUCGGAGUACAGGGAGACCUGUUACAACUAAUCCAAGACCGUCUUUGUCUGCCCGAGGACUUCUCCAAGAAACUUUUCCAUCAACUCUCGCUGGCUGUCAAAUUCCUUCACGAUUUGGACAUUGCUCAUCGAGAUCUAAAAUGCGAAAAUUUGCUGUUAGAUAAGAACUUUAAUCUUAAAGUUUCAGACUUUGGAUUUAGCAAGAGGCUUGAUUACGAAGGAGGCCGGAUGGUUCUCUGCAAGACGUUCUGUGGAUCUACGGCGUACGCAGCUCCAGAGGUCCUGGAGGCCAUUCCUUACGACCCCAAAGUGUACGACGUGUGGAGUAUGGGCGUGGUGCUCUUCAUCAUGGUGUGUGGCUCCAUGCCUUACGACGACUCCAACGUUAGGAAGAUGCUCAGGCUUCAAAAGCAACACCAGCUGGAAUUCCCUCGCUCCAAAACACUCCCAGCGGAGUACAAAGACCUGAUGUACCGGAUACUUCACCCUGAUGUGACCAAACGCAUCAGGGUUCACAAGAUUCUGGAGCACGAUUGGCUGCAGGCAAAGCCAAAGACAGCUGACACAACUCAAAGUCAGCAGGACGGAGCAUCUACGUCAAAGGGAUUCCACAAAACCACAAGCAGAGUGACUCCACACGAACCAGACCAUCCAAAAGACAGAGUCUAGCAGCACUGCUGGAGCACUCACUGGUACCGGAGUGGAGCCUGCAGCCUUGCCGAAUCUGGCAGCAGCUCUGAGGAUCAAUCCAGUGAAUCGUCCUUUACUGGACUGAGUACACUGACAGUCUGAGGCAAAAGCAAUUUGGAGGAACAAUUCAAGAGGAAACUAGAAAUUAGGUUGACUCAUCAAAAAAAAAUAAACAGAUG